ACGAAAUUAUUUAUACCAUGUCUCCAUAAACAUCUCUUACCAUUAUUAUUUACACCGGUGACCUCGCAAACGUAAACGAAUUAUAGUAUAGUAAAAGAAAACAUGAAAAUAAGAUAUAUGUGACGCAUUCGCUGGAAAAUCUGAGGGAAUUACAUGCGAAAAUUUAAUUUAAUUUAGCGACGGAAAGCAUUACGUAUAAUCUUGAAAUCUGCGUGCAACCAAGCGUAUUAAAUGAUUAUCUUUGCCCGAGCAAAAUGCAAUUUUAGUUUAAUGAUGUGAAUUUUGUUUAGUUACGACUCUUGCUGUACGAAAUUCAGACGUUAAUUAAAUCUUGGAAGUGUACUUUAAGUAAAUUUACCGCUUGAAAAAAAAAUAUGGAAAACGAUAAUGAGCUUUCUCCGAAUACAGCGAGAACAGAAUCUACUCAAGAUGAAAUAAAGAAGUUCAAAGAGAAUCUUCUUCAAUCUGUAUCAUCUGGGAACACCAAUUCAUUAAUUUCAAACGAGUCAGAACUGCUUGUGCCUACAGCGCCCCGCUCGCGGUCUGCAUCCAGAGCUAGAGAGGCUCUAUGCAUUCCUGCUAAUGUUAUGGCCGAAUUGGAUGAAAACAAAAUAUUUGAGUUAAAAGAGGCGUUUCUUUUAUUUGACUUGAACGGAGAUGGCUAUAUUGAUGACAACGACUUACGCGGCACACUGGUUAGUCUUGGAGAGACGGUCGAUGAACAACUUAUACGAAAUAUGCUCUCGGAGGCGUCUCAACCCAUGGAUUUCGAUGCGUUCGUUAACCUUCUGGGAUAUAAGACGUUAGAACUUGAUUCCGAAGAAACAUUGAAGGCAGCCCUGUCACGCUGGGACAGUGAGAAUUCCGGUUACAUAUCUGAGGAAAGGAUUCGUCAUGACCUCAUGACUUGGGGAGACCGUUUUACUGAGAAAGAAACUGAUUAUGCAUUAGAUGAAGCACCGACUAUUGAUAAAGGUGGCAAAACGAUGAUCGACUACAUACAAUUUUGUAGUCAGUUAAGCGGCCUGAGAAAAGCGAAGAAGUAGAUGCUAAUGAAACU